AUGCCUUCGCUGGACAGGCUGCCAAACGAGGUCCUCUGUAAUAUCGCCGGCUUCUUGGUCAAGAAAUAUGAUAUAGCUAGCUUAUCACGAGCCAACCGACACUGCUACGAUAUCGCCAACCCGAUUCUCUGGAAACGCGAAGCUCGAUCGGAUAGACCGGGUGCCAUACAUUGGGCUGUCGAACAUGGAGACAUCAAUACCUUGCGCCGUGCUCUCGAAGCUGGCGUUGACGCUUCACGGGUAGCCUUCACCCAUAGACCCAAACCACGCAUCGACCCUGACCAUAAGUGGUACAACUAUCAUUCGAAUUACUACGACGACCCUGUUUGGAGGAUUCAGGACGAUGACCACUCAGUUGAUUUAGACGCAUCAUAUGUGUUACACGACGCGUGCGAUUGCUUCGAAAGCGGUUGCGAUGAUGGCAUAUUUAGCGAUUGCAGAUGGGAGCCUAUACAUGUUGCUGCGAGUAAGGGACGGAUCGAUAUGAUCGAGAUUCUCCUCGAUGCGGGUGCUCCUGUUGAUGCCCCUUCGUGGGGUGUGUGCUUGUGUCGCCCACAUCUGCCCAUGGAAGCUUUCACCGAGUCUCCGGCUGUUGAUGAAGGAGAGCUUGAGGAUUUACAUGGGGGAAACUGGACACCUUUACAUGUCGCCAUAUGCCAUGGGCAAAUUGAAACGGCAAAGUUUCUAUUGAAACGUGGAGCGUCGCCGGUCAUCUAUCAGGGAAUAGACUUUGAGCUGGAACCGCUCGCAUGGCGACAGGAUGACACUCCUGUGGACUCGAGCAGAUUCAAACUCACCGCACUACACCACGCUGCGAAAGAGAACAUGAUGGAUCUCAUCAAGUUUCUCAUUGACGAAAAAUACCAAGAAGACAUCGAUGUCGAAGGUCCGUUUAUGGGAACACCACUAUCUCAAGCAAUAUGGUAUGGACACUGGGACACCGUAGUCCCAUAUCUCCUUGAGCAUGGUGCCGAUAUUGAUAAGAGACUCAUUGAGACGGGGUUGACAUCCCUCAUGAUGGCGUGUUUCUCACGUCGCUUCGAUGACGCCGCAAGACUCGUUGAUUUGGGUUCAAAUGUCACCACAUUAUCUGUACAUCAAUUCAGUAUUCUUCACCUGAUUCUCGGGCCUCGUCACCUCCGGCCAGAAGACUUUUUUGACCCCCUCGGAUCUCCUCCGAAGGAACCUAGUAAAGUCUCCGAAGCCGAAAUCAUCCAGAAAUUCAUCACUAAGGGUUUUGAUGUCGAUGCACGGGAAACUCUUCUUGGAAUGACACCGUUGAUGGUGGCGAGCGCGAGCUGCAACACAGAUGCAAUGCAAGCAUUGCUCGAAGGUGGUGCCAAUGUCAACGCGGUAGACAAUGAAGGUCUGUCUGCGCUUGCCAGGGUCGGUGAGACUGCUGAAGGUUCUGCUAUUCUCGGUUUAUACGAUUCUGCCAAGCUGCUGCUUGAUGCAGGAGCAACAUUGGAAGAUUCGAGAGACGAGAUCACUCCACUCAACAUUAUCUGCACACGGCAAUGUGAACCCUACUUCAACCGUGAAUGGGAUAAUCAGCACGCCACUCUAGCCAAGCUUCUCAUUGAGCAUGGUGCUGACCCAAACGAAAAGGGCGUUGCUACCAGCCGUCCAUUCACAGAGGCCAUCAUUCAUGGAAACUUGAACAUCGCUAGAGCGAUCAUUGAGAACGGAGGACGGCCAGAAAAGGGCGACUUGGAAAGACUUCUCUCAAUAUUCGUUCACGAACCGUAUGAUGAUGGAAAGACGGAUUUCAUUCUGCACAUCGAUUACGCCAAGUACGGCAUCUCGGGUCCCUCCGAGGGCUUCUUGGUGGAUCUUCUCAAAACAGCUCUGAACAAGCAGCUCUGGACACGAGCCGCCGACCUGAUGAGGUCGGUGCCAACCCCGAACGUGUUCCGUAAGGGGUUGAUCUACCGGUGCUUGGAGAAGCCUUCUCCGAUUGCCGACGAGCCAUCAAGCCUGAUUCAAGUGCUUCUUGAUCGUGGUCAGGACCCGAACGAGCUGUUCGAGGGCGAGCCACCGCUAUAUUAUAGUUUCAGAUCUGGGUCUUGUUGGCGGACGACACCUGUGCUUGUAAACGGCGGUGCUGACAUUCAUAUGCCCACAAAAGCCAUGCCUGAUGGUGCUUUCAUGUAUACCAUAACUCAUGACUAUCAGCCACAGACAUGUCAACUUCUCGCCAAACAUCCGCACGCGUUGCGUGACAAACCCGAGAGGCUACAUCGGGAAUGCUGGUCAUCUCUUAUACGCUGGCAGCCCCAUCCAAGUAGGGUUCUAGUCGGAAGAUCAGACGAUCUUGUACCAACACUCAACUGGACAUUUACCAGCCGGUUGAUUUCAGCUGGUCUCCGAACUGAUGUCACAACGCUUGAUGAUAAAGAUGUCAAAGAACUCGUGAAGCAAGCGAUCCCGAAAACUGAAGUCUUAAGAGUCGAGGGGCGAAAGGUCCUGGAAGCCUUCGACAUAGUCUAUGUGGAACCCUCAGUGGUAGAUAUUCUCAAUGCUAAUAUUGGAAUUGAUGAUGAGGGCGAGCGCGAGCGCGAGGAAGAGGACGAAGACGAGGAAGGGGAAGACUUCGAAUAUGGCUCUGUCAGUGAUGAGAUUGACGAUCAUUCAGAUUACUAUGACGUCGAUAGCGAUGGAAUUCCAUUCGAGUUUUUCCCUCCCUACAUGGGCGGAGGGGAUGAGGAUGAAGAGGAAGAAGAGGAAGAAGAUGAAAAUGGUCAAGGGCAGCAAGAUGAAGAAGACGGAUGGGGUGAGGAAAACUCGAGUGAUUUUGAUGACUAUGAUGAUGGAGCUCCCAUACCGAUACCAGCCUCUUUGUUGUUUGGGUUUUUGAUGUAA